AUUGUCAUUGUCAAUCUAAGGUAGGUUGGUACCUAAGACCUAACCUAUCUAAUCUAUUUACAAAAAUAAUCUGCAAUCAAAAGAACAAUAAAUCCUCUACAUAUUCAUUCCACUUUGUGAAUAAAUCGGCCUAGGCUAAGCACUGAACAAAUAUUGGCAGGCAUUAAAUAAGAUAUACAUAACAAAAUGACAUUUAUACCUAACUGGGAGGAAUUUGAAAAGUCUGCUGAAAUGUUAUACCUUCGAGAUCCAAUGAAUACUAGAUACAGCGUUAAAUAUUCACAUUCAAAGGGGGUCUUUCUUGUAAAAAUUACAGAUAACAAAAAGUGUCUUCAAUAUAAAACUGAAGUGCAGCAAGAUGUACGAAAAAUAGACAAAUUUGUUUCAAAUCUAAUGAGGCAUAUGGCAUCCAAUGAUAACUAGUUAAUUUUUUUAAUAAAUAAAUAUAACGAAA